UGUUUGACAGCUGAGGAGGAAGGAGCUCGCUUCUGACUCUUUAGCUGUAGAACAUUAGAAUACUUAUAUAUAUUUUUAAAAUGUUUUCUUUUAUUCAAAUGAUCAUGCCAGAAGGAUUACAAUCUGUGCUUACAUUUUCAACUAUAAAAUAUAUUCUGUUCCUGUUAUUAGGUUACUUUUUUGGCCGUAUACAGUUUAAAAUCGGCUACUUUAUAAUAGGAAUGGUGCUAUGGAAGUGCUACAGGUACUGGAAGAAGAGCCAUAGCCCCUCUGCAAUAGAGACAGAGGAUAAACAGACAGAGGAACAGAAAAAUGUGCCACAAAAAGACUCAGAGGAACAAUUCGAGAGGAUCCGGUCCCUGAAUGUGAUUAUGAAGGAAUUGUGGCCUUAUAUUACCAAAUACGUUGAUAAAUUGCUUAGAGAGAGGCAUCAGCCUGAAAUUCGCGCCAUCAGCAAAUACCUCUCCGCGAUCCGUUUCAUAAACAUUGACCUUGGUGAAAAGCCCCCACAGGUCAAUGCUAUGAGAGCUCAAGCGGAUCCAGAGAAGAAGCAGAUAAUAUUAGAUCUGGAGAUAAGUUGUGAUGCGGCAGUGAAAAUAGAUAUGGGAUUUACUGACCGUACCCCCUUAUUCGGAGUGAAAAAUAUAAAGCUGGAGGGAAUCUUGCGGGUCAUUUUUGCACCCCUGAUGGAGGACCCACCCUUAUUUGGAGCGCUGACCUACUAUUUCCCUUAUCCACCGCUAUUGGAUCUACACUGGAAAGGACUCACCCACCUGCUUAAUAUUCCUGGACUUCACGCGCUGACAGAGAAGAGGAUUCUUGCUGAAAUUGGAAAUUACUUUAUUUCACCAAAACAUUUGAGCCAUCCCUUAGCAGCAAAAUUUGACUUGGACAAGCUGAACUUCAAAGAUCCGAGGAAUGUGCUUCGUAUCCAAGUGAUAGAAGCCAAAAACCUUAGUGCCAAGGACGUUUUACGAAACCCAUAUGUUGUCAUCCGUGGUGGAGGAGCAACAGUACAAACAAGGGUAAUACAGAAGAACCUGAACCCACAGUGGAAGGAGACAUUUGAGAUAUUAUAUUCUGACCUCCCAGAGCAGGAGAUAGAAUUCAAUCUCUUUGACAAACGUAUGAAGAUGAAUCAGCCUUUGGGCAGCUGUAAAAUCGAUGCAGCAGAAGUCCCAGAGAAGAAAUGCCUAGAUAAGUGGCUCGAGCUGGAGAAUGUGAAAUCCGGCCAACUUCACAUCAAGGUGGAACGACUGAGGCUUCUUUCAGACCCUACCAAGUUGGAAGAGGUGCUGAAAGAAAAUAUACGAACUCAGCCGGAGAGGAAGAACGAGAUUUCAUCAGCCGUUCUUUAUGUUACUAUUAAAAAAGCAAGGGGUCUACCUGUUAUACAGGUGAAGAGAGGCAAACUGUUACCAUUAGCAGUGGUGAAUGCUGCCGUUGGAGAUUCUGUAAAGAAACUUGGAAGUAGAGUGAAUAAUGGAGAAGCAAUGUGGACUGAGGGGUUCCAGUUCUUGAUAAGGAACCCACACACUGAGGAACUGAAGGUUAAGCUGCAAGAUGAAAGCAGUAAGCUCCUCGGUUGUAUUACUGUGCCCCUAUAUCGGCUAAUGGCGGCUGCAGAUAUGACCGUGGAUGCCUGGAUACCUCUGGACCUGACAGAACAGAACUGUGAACUUUUGAUGAAAUUGCAACUAAGGAUUUUGGCUCCACAUUGUGAGAUGCCAAAACAGCAAAUAAGAGCCCCUGCGACCCAGAAAAAAGCAGAGGCUCCAUUGCACCAUGGAAAGAUCAAGUGCAAAUCACAGACCAAAGUCACCAAACGGUGAUGAUUCUACUAUGGAGGCCAGGAUUCCCAACACACAGGGUGCUGAGGAGGAUGAAGGUGGAGGAUUUGGAGGAUUUAACAUCAACAUGGGGAUGUCUUUAUAACUUUAAGGAGUUAGAGACAAUCUACAUCAAAUCCCUGUGUUAUCGAUAGCACUACUGUGUAAGGCCUCCAUACAAAGAUUGUCUGUAGGACACACUAAAAAAAGAUAUAGAAAGGAGAAUCCAAUUUAAAAAAAACAAACCACAUUUGAAGAUGGAAGAGGACGUCGUUUGAAGACCAAGGAAACCAGGAUGCCUAACAAACACCGUGCUGAGGAGGAUGAAGGAGGAGGAAUUGGAGGAAUUAUGACCAACAAGAAAAAAGGAACAUCUACAGCUAAUACCUGUGUUAUCGCUAGUACUACUGUAGUAUAUACUAUAUUGUAUUUUAAGAAUAAAGUAUAAUGUACUUUC